GUGCCCCUGCUGCCAUUUUGAAAUGCAGGGAUGCUGAAUACACAUGAUGCAGAGGCUGCUGAAGUGUGCUAAUUAGCAUGCUUCAGCAGACUCAGCUAAUUAGCUAAUUAGCACGUCAGAGCAGAGCUCUUGUCACAGGUAUAGGUUCCCCUUGGCAAUGAGUGCACCCUGCUGGCUCAUAUUCAGCUUAUUGUCCACUGUCACCACCAGGUCCUUUUCUGCAGAGCUGCUGCCCAGUUAGUCAGCCCUCAGCCUGCACCAGUGCAUGGGAUUGCUCCAUCCUAAGUGCAGGACUUUGCACUUGUCCUUAUUGAACCUCAUGAGAUUUCUUUGGUCCAAUCCUCCAAUUUCUCUAGGUCAUUUUGAAUCCUAACCUUACUCUCUGGUGUAUCUACUACUUCCCCACAGCUUGGUGUCAUCUGUAAACUUGCUGAGGGUGCACUCCAUGCCAUCUUCCAGGUCACUGAUGAAGAUAUUGAACAAAACAAGAGUGACCCUGGGACCCUUCACUUGAUACCGGCUUCCAGCUAGACAUCGAGCCAUUGAGCCUGAUGAUCCAGUCAGUUUUCUAUCCACCUUACAGUCUAUUCAUCCAGUUCAUACUUCCUUAGCUGGCUUGCAGGAAUGUUGUGGGAGACCAUAUCAAAAGCCUUGCUAAAGUCAAGGUAUACCACAUCCACUGCUCUCCCUGCAUCUACAGAGCCAGUUGUCUCAUCAGAGAAGGCAAUCAGUUUGGUCAGGCAUGACUUGCCUUUGGUGAAUCCAUGCUGACUGUUCCUAAUCACCUUCUUCCCCUCCAAGUGCUUAGAAAUGGAUUCCUUGAGGAACUGCUCCAUGAUUUUUCUAGGGACUGAGGUGAGGUUGAUGGGCCUGCAGUUUCUCCUUCUUCCCUUUAAACAUGGGCACUAUGUUUGCCCUUUUUCAAUCAUCUGGGACCUUUUCAGAUCACCAUGAGUUUUCAAAGAUGAUGGCCAGUGGCUCUGCAAUCAUAUCAGCCAACUCAGCACCUUUAGGUGCACUGCAUCCAGCCCCAUGGACUUGUAUAUGUCCAGCUUUUCUAAAUAGUCCCUAACCUAUUCUUUCACCACUGUUGGCUGCUCAUUUUCUCCCCAAACUAUGCUGCCAGCUGCAGUAGUCUGGGAAGUGACCUUGCCUGUGAAGUCCAAGUACUUCACCCUUUUCCACAUCACCUAUCACUAGAUUGCUUCCCCCAUUUAGUAAGGGACCCACACUUUCCCAGAUCUUCCUUUUGUUGCUGACAUACUUGUAGAAACCCUUCUUGUUACCUUUCAUGUCCCUUGCUAGCUGCAACUGUAAUUGUUAGGGCUGUGCGAAAUUUCGCCAGCUGUUUCGAUUCGACACUGUUUUGACUCAUUUUGAGCUUGAAACAGUGAAAUCGAAUCGAAACAGAGAGCUUUGAAACAGCCUUGAAACAAAAUGAGGCUAGUCGAAACAUUUAAAAAGUUUCAAAAUGUUUCAAGUUUUGAAGCAGCCAGCAGCAAGGUGGUGGGAGACAGGGGAGAACCAGGGCUGCAUCCCAGCUGCAGCUGGGAGCACAGCUGUGGCUCUCCCUGUCUUCUGCCACCAGGCUGCAGGAAGCCGAUCAUAGUGCAGGGGAAGCCUGGGCUCAGUUCCCCUCCCAAGUGCUGCGAUCGGGUUGGGGGUGAGCCCAGAUGGGCUGACUUCCCGUCCCCCCUGCUAGAUCAAGCUGGGGAUUUGAAGUCCACCGCAGCCCCGAUCUGCCUGCCAGAUGAGAGAGGCUGUUUUGAGCUUUCCCAUUAUAGCUAAUGGGCAAAACGUCGAAACAGCAUCGAUACAGCCUCACUAUUUCCACAAAGCAAAAUGGAACAGCUAUUUCAAAUCCAAAUGAAAUUUGAAACGAAAUGCUGUUCCGUGGAAACCUCGAAACUCAAGUCGAAACGAUACGGUGCCGUUUCGCGCAGCCCUAGUAAUUAUGCUUUGGCCUUUCUGAUUUCAUCCCCACAUGCUGAAGCGAUGCUCUUAUACGCUUCACUUUUUUGUCCAGUUUCUACUUCUUGUAAGCUUCGUUUUUGUGUUUUAGCUCACUGAAGUUCCUUGCUAAGCCAAGCUGGUCUUCUACCAUACUUGCUAGUCUCCCUGAGCACUGGGAUGGUUCAUUCCUGCACCCCUAUCCCUCUGCUUCUCCUCAGGGUCAUACUCAUUACUUAUUCCAACCUCCUGCCUCUAAAACACACAACUUCUACAACACACAACCUCUAUAUGCAAUCAGAUUAACCUUCGAACUACCACAUAGCCUAGGGCUUUAAGCAACCUCCCAGUAUCCCUCAGCCUAUUUUACUACUUAAAGGGGACUGAUUUGCUCUCCCAUCAAGUUGAAAGCCUGCUUGUCACAUAUUUGGGCUUUAAUGAGAUAAAUGACUAUUUAUGGAUCCUGCACUCCCUUUGAUAAUAUUUGCUAACACCAGCAUAACAGUACCAAAACAUUUUAACAUCUAAUUUGGCCUGCCAAAGUCUAGUACUUUUGAAUUGUGUUUUCAGUGGUGUUCAGUGAGGAUUACAACUAAAACAACUUGAUUAAACAGACUUGCUUGAAAAAACUCCACUUUCUUCUAGUGCAUGUAAGGCCAGUCAGCACUGUAGUGGUUAAUAUGUAAUGUAAUUUCAAACUACUUUUGGCUACAAUGAAAUAGGGUAGUUAAAAAUAUUAGAAAUCCACCCUGUAUUUUUAAGUGGUCUGGCUUGCAUCACUAACUACACUGACAUAGGGCAUGGUUUUGCCUUCCAUGAAGUUGGAGCUAGCAUCUGUGUCUUCUGACCAUUUGACACAAGAAAGAAAUGUAAAAGUAAAUUUUACCCUGGAGUGUCCAAAAGUUCAUUUUGUAUGCCUUUUCUUGCUUCUAAUCAAAUUAUCUAUAAAAUGAUUUGAAGUACAUUAAUUUAAUACUUUCCACACUGUAGAUAGAGAAUAUUAUUGGGAUUUUAUCAGAGACGAUUGGUAAUCAGGUACCAAUUAGGUACUAUGGCCUGAGAUUGCCCACAGUAUUUUUGUGGACUGUCUCAAGAAAGGUGGAUGAAGAUACCAGAUUGCUACCAUAACAGCAUGUGCACACCCAUUUGUUAUUUUGUGCAGAAAUGAUGGAACACCUCCUUAUAAUUAUAGCAAAAAGUGAACAAAUGUGAGUUUUCUAAAUGUUACUGACAACUAAAUUACAUUUGUAAAAUUUCCCCACACCGCCAAUGCUUUGUUCCCACUUAGAAGUUCAGGUCAUUAUAUCAUACGUGCAUUUCUUCCAAUACCAGAACUCAGUAUGUUACUAACAAGUGUCUUUUAUGCCAGGUUGCUUGUCUAUGAACUGUAUCCUAGAUUGCUGUUUCUUCAUCUUAUGAGAAAACUCCCAUAACUGAACUACAACUUAGUUUUUGCCACCUCAGUCACAACUUCUGAAAUGCAAAGGAACAGGGUUUCUUCUUCUUCUUAUUAUUUUUAACAUGGAGUACUACAAAGUUGAUUUAAAAUUAGAACGGGAAACAACAUGAAAGAAGCCUCUUACGCCCGAAGCGAGAAGUUGGGAGGAAGAAAGGUUUAGAAGCAAACCGUUAAGUCACUCAUCUGCUCUCAUCUUUUUUAAAAGACUGGUAAUAACCGAGUCCACCCUCCCACUUCCAUCCUGUCGGGCGGCGGUGUGAUUUGACGGUCGUGACUGCAGCUCCACCCGUGCCACAUGCCAAACUUCUCCUUUAUUUUUGGGUGGAAGAGAAAAACGGGAAGCAAAACCAAAACACUUCCAGUGUCCGUUCUGCAGCUGUCACCUGCCCUCCCGUUGGUCGAAAACCUCCCCCAAGUACAAGGAUAAGCACGCGUGCCAUUCCCCAAGCCAACGGCCCCGGACCUGUGCAAUCCAGUCUUCUCUCUCGCUUGUACAACGGCCUGCAGACAGAUGCCCAACGAGAACAAUUUAUUGCGGAAAAUAAUGUUCCGGGCCUCGCGGGGAGCAUGUGGGCGUGGGAAGAGGAAAGCAGCCGGGUUGCGGGCGAGCUCCGGCGGAGGAAGCUGCUGGGCUGCGCCUGCAAUCGAGCCACGCUUCCCCUUUCUCUCUUUGGGAUGGAGAUUUCAUCCCAUCAGUCUCAUCUCCUGGAGCAACUCAAUGAGCAACGCAGGCAAGACCUGUUCUGUGACUGCAACAUCCUGGUUGAGGGGCAGGUUUUCAAAGCACAUCGAAACGUGCUGUUUGCCAGUAGCGGCUAUUUCAAGAUGCUCCUUUCCCAGAGCUCAAAGGACACUAGUCAGCCAACAACUGCUUCUUUCGAAGUUUUCUCUCCUGAGACAUUUGUGGUUAUUCUGGACUUUGUGUAUUCAGGCAAACUGUCUCUCACUGGUCAAAAUGUGAUUGAAGUCAUGUCAGCAGCGAGCUAUCUGCAGAUGACAGAUAUUCUUAGUGUGUGUAAAACGUUCAUUAAAUCCUCACUGGACAUUAAUGAAAAGGAGAAGGAUCAUUAUUUCACCCUCUCAGCCAAAAGCCUUAAUAGCGGAUCUGACAGUCCGUCGUUUUAUCGGUCGCGAAGGAAAGCCAAAAGCAACCCCCGACGCUCCCACAUCAUCCCAGAUGAAAAGGCAGGAAUGGAUAAUGAAAAUUCCUGGAGUAAUUACAACAGUUGCCCUUCUCCACAAAUGAAUAUCCAACAGCCAGAAGGACCAAUAACCAAAAGAAUUCAAAAGCUCGGCUCAAUGAAAAGGCGCAGAAAGCAUCUACGACUGAACCAGGGAUUUGUGCAGUACAAAUCAAACAAACCUGAGCAGAGCAGUGGAAGUUACGGGGCGUUGGAGUCUAACCACAUUUCUCAACACAGAGAGGAAAUUUACCUCAACACAGAAAAUGAGGAGGCUGGUCCUGACUAUCAGUGUGAGCGAGAAUCGGAGGUGAUACCCAAGAGGUGGUCUGUGGCUCAGGUAGAACAAGAACUUACAAGAACUUCCCCUGAGUUAAUGGAUUUAAAAGCAGAUGAAUUGUAUACCUCUAUGCCUACAAUUUUAGGUGUAAUGGGCGGUUGGAAUGAAGAUCUACCUAGGAUGAGAUUCAUGUGCCCCUUCUGCACACAUACAGUGAAACGGAGAGCAGACCUGAAGCGUCAUCUUCGAUGUCACACAGGGGAGCGACCUUAUCCAUGUGAGGCAUGCGGGAAAAGGUUCACCAGACUAGAGCACCUCCGUAGCCAUUUCCAAACAAUACAUCGAGCUGGCAAACUGAUCUGCAGAAAGUGUAAGCAGCAUGUCACUGACCUAACAGGACGUGUGGUUCAACAAGGAACACGGCGCUACAGACUAUGUAAUGAGUGUCUAGCUGAAGCUGGCAUGGACAAUAUCCCUAAUGAUGAUACAGAUUCAGAACAUCCCCUCCUAAUCUCCAUAAGAAACAAGAAUUCCAGGUGGCCAUUAGAGGAAGAGCACAGAUCAGAUGUAGAGAUAUUGAAGGAUGAAUCUGAUAAAUUGGUUGACCAGCAAGUUAACAAUGAUAGUGCAGAUGAGGCAGAAGAAAAAGUGAAAUCAAAUAUUAGAUAGCUGUAUUUAUAGACAUAUUAGUGCUGAACGCAACACUGACUUGCUAUAUCUUGCCAAUUAACUUUAGACCAUGGUCAACUUAGUUUAUAAUUAUUAGAUCUCUAACACUACUUAAAUCUAUGGGAGCAAAAAAGGCCUACAAUCUAACUGACAUAUUGUAGUAUAAAUCAGUCACUUCUGGACAAUUCUAUCUGGAGAGCUAUUAAAAGGAUUUAUUUUAUAUUUAAUCAAGGCCAGUUCAAAGUUUCUGCUUUCAAGUGUGUAAGACCCAUUUUCCCUUCCCUAUUUCAAAGUCCCUUUUUGUGUUUAGAAAAAGGGGUUUUGGUUUGUUUUUUUUUUUUUUAAGUUUCAGUAUUAUAAAGGUGUUUAUUCAUCUAGUUUUAAUGUUUACCUGUUUACGAGGAAAGUAAAAUAAUGUAUAGCUUCAAAGCAAAAACCUGUUAUUGAGUAAUUUGCUCUGAAAAACAGUAAGUUACUAAAGCUAGCAGCUAAGAAAUUUUCUUUAGCUGCUAUAUUUAACCUAUACAUUCACUUAUGAAACACUUACAUUUUUUUACUUGUAAUAAAUUUUUUAAAACUGGAA